GCAGUGUGCCAAGAGCUCUUGGGUGAGUGUGAAGCCAGCCACGAGCCUGGAAGGACACGUGAGGGGAGCUGUGUUCUCGUUGGCCCAGCUGGCACACCUCUGCCACGUUGCUGAUCACCAAUUCACUUGAAUAUAGUACUGCAGAUUAUUACCUUGGUUCUCAAUGGUCCUCUGUUUGACAUGUGAUAAGUGAAGAAGUUUGCUUCAGUUGUCCCGUGUUCGCUGUCACCAUGUUGUUGCUCAGCAGAAGUGCCAACUGCCAAGUUGGAGGAUUUGCUUUGGCCUCCAUAGCAUGGAUCCUUUGCAGCAUCUCCACAAGCCUCCCACAGUGGCGAGUCUGGUAUUUGAAUGAAACCGUGUUCUCUGAGCCUACCAUAGCCUUUGUAGGAAUAUGGAGAGUCUGCAUUUACCACCAAAACUUCAAGCCUGGCAAUGCCAGAGGGUGUCAUGAAUACACCUACCAUGACGACUUUGUUCCUUUGGAUAUUCGUAUCAUUCAACACUUGUUACUGGGCGCCAACAUUCUCGGGUUAAUUGGGACAGUGGCCACCAUUUUUGCUCUUCGAAAUGUGUACACAGGGAACAUACAGAAGAAUGUCGCCUACAAUCCAUUCGUCAUUUCAGCCAUUCUCAACAUCAUUGUCAGUAUCUUUGUCCUCCUUGCUGUCAUAUGCAAUUACUUCUCUGUCAUUCACAAAGCAGCAAUUGCCUUCCCACAAUCUUUCCGUAUGCCUUUACAGCCACCUAAUCAGAGAAUUGGAAUUGCUAAUGUAGUGGCAAGUCUAGCUGCCCUCAUGUUUUUAGGCAGUGGCAUUAUUUUUCUUUCAUACAUCUCUCUUGUGGAAAACCAAGUGUAUCCUGAGGUUUGAAAAUACUUUUACAGCUUACAUCACCUUCCGAUUUCCAGGGAUUAUAGCAAGGAUUCUUUAAUGUUUGUUUGUUUGUUUUUUGUUUGUAUAUCCCAACCACAGUUUCCCCUCCCUCUUCUCCUCCCAGUCUCUCCCUGCACCUCUCCUCUUCCCCCUCCCACCUCUCCUCCCAGUCUCUCCCACCCAACCUCCUGUCUUGCCCCUCCCAUCCACUCCUCUUCCUCAGUUUCUCUUCAGAAAAGGACAGGCCUCCCAUGGAUAUCAACCAGCCAUGUUAUAUCAAGUUAUAGCAAGUAUUCUUACGACAUUUACAUAAAUUUUCCAAGGACCCAAAGACUCCAUGACAGAAAAUGGCCAAGUUAGCCUUCUAUUUUUCUGUCUUGUUUCAUUAUUUCAUUGGUUGGAUUAUGGGCUUUUGCUAAAUAAAAUAAUGU